GUUGUUGUCAAGCUCUGAUCUCUCCAUUUUCUCUCCCAAACCCUAAAAAAUUCCAUCCCUCAUUUUGGUAUCUUCAGUCUCCUCACUCACUUUCGUUAUUCCCUCGCAUCCUCUGCCAUAUGGCCCAUAUCAUGAAGAGGAAGAAGCCCCACAGCAAAACCACUGUUCAUCCCACCCCGCCACUGACAGAUAAGCGAGCUUUCUUGCCAGAUUCAGUUAUCUCUAUGGCAGGGGCCCUCUCUGAAGAUGAACAAGAAGCCCUGGCCUAUAUCAUCUCUCGCCCUUUCGGGAACAAUAACAGGACAACCACAACCGCAGACGGUGGCGCUGACCAUCCGCCCGCUUUCGACUGCCACUGUUUCAACUGCUACGUGAGCUACUGGGCAAGGUGGGACUCUUCUCCCAACCGUCAUCUCAUUCAUCAAGCCAUUGACGCCUAUGAGGACGACAUACAGAUCAAGAAGGAGAAGAACAGGGGAGGAAAAAAGAAGAGCGGCAGUAAAGAUUCUUGUAGUUCUUCGGGGGAAAAGCCAAGAAAUUAUGAGGUAAUUACGAAUGGGGAGGAUUCCGGUGACGUAGGGACUGCAGAGGAGAGACUCGGCUCCGCCGGCGGUGGUGGUGGAGGCAGCGAAGAUGAGCGCGCUGAGCAGAAAGGGGCGUUGAGGAGGGUAAUGGCAUUCCUGGGAGAAAAGUGUCCGAGUUUUUUUAGUUUAAGGAAAGGCUAGUUUGGUUAAUCUCACACAUUUAUUUUACUCGGAGACGGAGGAGAACAACGGCGGAGCUCCGGCUACCGAAGGGGCGGACACCAAACUGUCUUGGGAACCUCGUUUCUUUGUUACUCAUUAAUCAGUCAUUAAUUUUUUUUACCCCAUCCAGUACGUAGAUUUUUUGAAUUCUGGGCUUCUUUUCUUCAUUUGAGUAGUGUAAAAUGUAAAGUGCUUUUUCUCCCCUGGUUUGGGUUCUUUCUGCAAACUGACAUUGUAAAAUAUGCUGCUGCUCUGUUUUGAUCGAAAGAACAAGUGGGAAUUGCUGGAGAAAUUGUGGGACGGACGGACGGACAUGUCAUUC